AUGAGCUCCACACAUUUCAACAAGGGCCUGUACAAGCUUUCAACUGGGGUCAAGAACCGGCUCCUGUCCCAAUAUGACCUUCAGAAGGGUGUGGAGCUCUGCAGCUGGAUCCAGGGACUCACAGGCCUCUCUGUUGGGCCCAACUUUCAGAAGGGUCUGAAAGACGGAAAUAUUGUGUGUAUAUUAGUGAAUAAGCUGCAGCCAGGCUUAGUCCCUAAGAUCAGCCACUCCAUGCAGAACUGGCACCGACUAGAAAACCUCUCCACCUUCCUCAAGGCCAUGGUCAACUACAGCAUGAACCCCAUGGACCUGUUUGAGACAAACAACCUGUUUGAGAGUGGGAGCAUGACAUGGGUGCAGGUGUCUCUUCUCAUCCUGGUUGGGAGCCAGGGGCUGCAGAGUGGCAUGGACAUUCGUGUUAAAUACUCAGAGAAGCAGGAGUGCAAUUUCAAUGACACCACCAUGAAGGCGGGCCAGUGCAUCAUUGGGCUCUUGAUGGACACCAACAAAUGUGCCAGCCAGUCAGGCAUGAUAGCUUAUGGCACAAGAAGUCAUCUGUAUGACCCCAAGAACCAUAUCCUGCUACCUGUGGACCACUCAACCAUCAGCCUCCUGAUAGGCACGAACAAGUAUGCCAACCAGAUGGGCAUAACAGCUCCUGGGACCCAUUGGCACAUGUACAAUACCAAGUUGGUAUCCAUGUCCUUGCAGAUGGACUAAACACAAGGCACCAACCAGAGUGGCCUGAUCUUUGGCUUUGGCUGGCAGAUAUAUGACCCCAAGUACUGCCCACAAAGUCCAGUGACAGAUGGAGCUUCAGUGGCUGCAGGUGACUGCCCAGGCCUAGGGGAGGUCCCAGAAUACACCCCCUACCACUGA